AAAAGGAAAAGGAGAAGCUGAUGGCAGAACGACAAUCGAACGCUCAAGAGCGUCGCAUCCAUGAGCUCGAUCAGAAUGUUGAGCGUUACUUUGAAGUGCGCAAGCGCUUGGGCAAGGGCGCCUACGGCAUCGUAUGGAAAGCAACGGACAAACGCAAAAAGGAAACCGUUGCACUCAAAAAAAUCUACGAUGCGUUUCGUGAUGAAACCGAUGCACAACGCACCUAUCGAGAGGUUGUCUUUCUGCGCGCCUUUCGCCAUCAUCCCAAUAUUAUUCGCAUGCUGGACAUAUUCAAGGCUGCCAACAAUUUGGACUUUUAUUUGGUAUUCGAAUUCAUGGACAGCGAUCUUCACAAUGUUAUUAAAAAGGGAGACGUACUCAAGGACAUUCACAAGCGAUUUGUCAUGUAUCAGUUGAUCAAUGCCAUCAAAUACAUGCACUCCGGAAAUGUCAUACACCGAGAUCUUAAGCCGAGCAACAUUCUGAUUGACAGCAAGUGCAGACUCAAAGUAGCCGACUUUGGCCUUGCGCGCACACUGUGUCCAAAGCGACGCAACAAUUUGGACUUCGACUGCAAGGAGGAGCUGGAGAAUGAGGCCAUGCUCACAGAUUAUGUGGCGACACGUUGGUAUCGUGCACCCGAAAUUCUCGUCGCCAGUCGCAAAUAUACAAAGGGUAUUGAUAUGUGGAGUCUCGGCUGCAUAUUGGGCGAAAUGAUACGACAGAAGCCGCUCUUUCAGGGCACCAGCACAAUCAAUCAGAUUGAGAAGAUUGUCAAUGCGCUACCGGAAGUGACAGAUCGAGAUAUCGAAUCGAUUGGAGCCAGCUUCGGUUCGGUGCUGCUCAGCAAGAAGAUUGUGCGAGAUCGUCGUCACUCGCUCGAUGAGAUGCUGGGCUGUUGUUGUCAUGAUGCCAUAUCGCUGGUCAAGUCACUGCUGGUGCUGGAUCCGGAUGGACGACUGACCGCCAAGGAGGCAAUUGCACACUCCUAUGUGCAUCGCUUUCGCACCGCCUCGGCAACUAUGGAAUUGAACACGGAUAUCAAGCCGCCGCUCGACGACGAUGUGCGCUACUCUGUUAACGAUUAUCGUUCCACAUUGUACGACAUGAUUUCACCCGAAAUGCGCUCCAGUGCCCGCCAUAGUAACUCCACGACGAUGACGCCCUCUAGUGGAUCGGAGGUGACGCAGAGAAUCACCACACGUUGCCUCAGAUCCGUAUCGAAAUCCAAACAAUCCUCAAGCCAUGUGAUGACGACUAAGACCUUUCCCGAUUACACCAAGGUCUGGGUGGAGCAGCAGCGCAAGCAUCAGCAACUGCAGCAGCAACAGCAUGAGCAACUGCAACAGCAACAACAUCAGCAACUGCAACAACUGCAGCAACAGCAACAUCGUAGCAAACGCUUCUAUCCUGAGCACAAUCAACAGCCAAGGGGAAGCACCGGUUUCGCUGUGGAACCAAAACCGGUGGCAUUGCGUCGGGAACUUGCUGCCGUGGCUGCAACGGCGCCGCGUACUGCCAACGGGGGAUUGUGGCAGACGCCAGUUGUGGCACAGACACAAGCACAGAUCCAUUCGCAGUUGCAGCCACAGCCACAGCCGGCGCUGCAUUUAUGGACAGAGCCGGUGCCAGUGCCCGGACCACUGCCCAUACCCGUGCCCGCUCCGGAGCCGGAAUCGAUGAUGUCAGCGUCGCAGCUGCGUGCUCGAGUCCGUAGGCUGCGCAAGGAUUGCAAAGAGAAGCGACAAUCCAAGCAGAAGGAGUCGGCAGAUGAGCAGCAGGCCAAGCAAGCACAGACACAGUCCCAGACACAGUCACAGACACAAGACCCGGAUCUGACACAGACCCAGAUGCAGGAGCUGGCUCAUAGUCAAGCGGUCAAGAUGGCCAGGGCAGAGUUGAAGGUGCAGCGGGAACGCAUACGCAAGGAGCAGACCGUCGACCUGGCGAUCACAUUGGAGCGACUGCAGCUGGAGCAUGAGGAGCUGCAGAAGAAGAACAAAAUCAUUGAGGCGGAGGCAAUGAAGCAACAACAUCCUCGCGAGAUGCAAUCGCAACAACAACCAAUUAAAGUGAAAGCGGAUGACUUUUACACGGCGAAGGGAACGGUGCGGGAGGCGAGACCCGCUGAUUUCAAGCGCCUGAAGUCGGAGGCAACGUUGAAGCAGGAGAUUGAACAGAACUUGGGUGGUCACAUGACCGCAUCUGCCGCCUUUGUCUGCUACAAGUCACGCCUGAGCCGGCUGGAGGAGGAGAUGGCCAAGUGCAAGCGACAGCUCUUCCACUACGUUCAGGACAAUGAGCAGUUGCUCCACAAGCGGAGUGUGCGUCAUCAUGUCGAGCAAUUGCUGCAAUCAUCGCCAAGUCCGCCGGCCACGGCCAGCUCGAGGCAAACCGACUCUGGCGUGGAGGUGGAACUGCAGGCGACGCUCCAGCGUGACCAGCAGCAACUGAAUCUGGGACAUCUCAAGCUGGAGCGGGACAAGCAGAAGCAGCUGCAGCUGCGCGAAUUUCUCGCACGUGACGAGAGCAAUGCCAACGCCUAUGAGCUGCCCAAUCUCAGCAAUGUCUACAAGGUCAGCAGCUGUCAUGCCCAACUGCUGCCUCAAUCCCAGUCCUACUCCCAGUAUCAGUCUCAGAUCCACUCCCAGUCCCAGUCUCAGUCCCUGUCCCAGUCUCAAGGCUCAUCACAGUCACUUCACAGCGCCAACAACUAUGUGCCACAGAAGACACGCCACAAGCAAAUCUUCUCCAACUACUUCCCUCCGGAAGAAGAGAUGCCGUGUCCUUGGAAUGAACCGAAACAAUCAACGCCCUAUCAUGAUCGCAUUUGUAUUCAGGAGGCCAACUUCUAUCAGGAUUACGAUCUGGCAAACUUUGAGGAUCAGCAUCUUACUCGCAAGUAGCCUGACAGCAAAAGAUCUUCCUUAAAAAAAAGGAAAGAUCCAAAAAAAAAAAUAUAUAUUACUCAACAUGGCUUCAAAACAAAACCAAAUCAAAUCACCUUGCGAUACAUACAAAUACUAUAUGUACAUACAUACAUAGUAUAUAUAAUGUGCCAUAGUUUCGAAUAGAGUUAAAACUUUUAAUUAGUUA